ACAUGUUGUUUUCUGAUUCAAUUUAAUUUUCUUUUUUUUAAAUUGUUACUAGUGAAUUUAUUUUUUAAAUUGUUAAUUUAAAUUGUUCUUUGUUUUCUAAUUUGUACGAGUUGGUGUUUCUCUUUCUUUUUUUUUGUAGGUCAACCAUGAAACGAACCGCUGAAGGAGAAGUAGAUUCAAGUUCAAAGAAACAAAGGACUGAGGAUGAAGAUGAAAAUGGUGAAAACACAUUAGACCUUAGUAAAGAUCCAUCGAGUAUUGUUAAUUUAUCGUAUGAAGAUAAAUUAAAUUAUGUUUCUCUGAUUGCCAAGCCAAUGGCACCUAAAAAGAUGACAAAAAAAUUAUUAAAAUUGAUCAAAAAAGCGGGUAAAGAGAAAGGAAUCAUCGCCGGUCUUAAGAAUGUCCAAAAACAAGUGAGAAGAGGUGACAAAGGGAUAACCAUAAUUGCUGGAGAUGUAACACCAAUCGAUGUAAUUAGCCAUUUACCUGUUCUUUGUGAAGAUAAAGAUAUACCUUUUGCCUUUGUUCCCUUAAGAUAUGAUAUAUCAGCAGCCAUGGGUGUUAAAAGGCCUUGUGUCAUGGUUAUGAUUCGUAAAAAUGAUUCCUAUCAAAGUCUAUACGAUGAGUGUUACAAUCUUGUUAAAUCAUUACCAGUUCCUUCACAAUGUAUUGAACAAGAAGCUUAACCAUUACCACGAUUAUCAUCAUCAUAAUGAAAAUAAAGACAAAAAUUUUCUCCUCAAAAUAAAAACUCAAAA